CUUCACGUUAUGUUCAGCAGAAUGUGGAGUUUUGUCUCGAGGGCAGCGUAAGCUUUCUCUCAGUCUCAAAUCGUCUGCUUUCACCAACCCAGCCAAACCAACUACGAAAUACAACAGGAUUCCCAGCAAGGGCAAACUGACUCGUUUCAUAUCAUCGGAAAAGUGAAGUGAAGUGGGUGGACGAGAAAGUGAGAAAUCUUACAAUUAUUAAGGACUAAUAAUUCAUAAUUUUGAGUGAAAGUGGUUCAAACUAAAGUAGGUCGUUCCAAAAAGAAAUAAAAUACAAACUUGGGAAAUACAAGUUUCCAAAAUUUCCCCAAAAUUUCACCAGUGCCCAACCAAAUAUCUCAUAAUUAACUCUAACGAUUCAUAAUUUUGAGUGAAAGUGCUUCAAACAAAACUUAUUCGUGCCAAAUUUUUUAAACCCAUUACAAACAUUGAAAAUCAAAUUUUCCAAAAUUUUAUCAAUUCCCAAUCCAAAAUCUCAAUUAUUAACUCUAAAUUCAUAAUUUUAAGUAAAAGUUCAAGCAAAUUGUUCGUGCCAAAAGAUUUUUUUAACAAAAACAACUUUGAGAAAUACAAUUUUGCCAAAAUUUCCCCAAAAUUUUACCUAUUUCCAACCCCAAUAUUUCAACGAGACAAGGAUGAAAUCGUCUCUACGAUCACGACAGCCCGUCACCUUAAAAAACCCUUUGACAUUCACGUUUCCGUAAAUAAAUGAAAAUGAAGACGGUACAACAGCGAGGCAGACUUUCGUCCCACUUUCACCAAAUUUACGGAAACAUGCCUGCAUGCCCAGUAAUAACAAUUCUUCUCCUUCUUAUCAUCAUCAUGAUGACAACUUCAACAGCAGCAGCAGAGACACCGUCACCCAUUGACUUUCUCUCCACCAAGGCGGCAUUAUCCGCCAAAAAUGGACAACAACCGUCAUCACCUCGUUUUACUGGGUUGGAUCCGACAACUUUUGCAGAAGUGAGAAAUGCAGUGCAUGUGGCACCAGGGAAAGCAGAUGGUGAUCCAGAUCUAGAUUCACCAUCAUCAUUACAGGGUCAACGAGGUGGAUGGAGCGAUUCAUCUCGUCGUCGUGUAAGCAGCAGUGAAGCAGGUGGUGCUUUCUCCUCGUUAUUUCAUCACGAAAUAGAUUCGCAGAAAUAUUUCAGGAAUGUGAACAUAGUUGAUUUCACUUCCGGAGAGGAGGAGAAAGUUGUGCAGAUCAGGAGCAGAUUUAAGAGAAAUGCUCUGAUAACGGCGUCCUGUCCGCUGGGGACGUUCGAAUGUGCAGCCGAUGCUACGUUGUGUGUUCCACAGAAUGCGAUUUGCAAUGGGAAACCAGAUUGUCCCGAUGGUUCCGACGAGGAUCAGUGUGAAAACAAGCACGAUAAGCAAUUUUGGGAUAACUUUUUCCAAAAACGACCAGGAGCCGAUGCCGGGAAGAAUGAUACUUGCAAAUAUCCAACUCUUAAGAAAACCGAGGAACAUGACAAACACCCCGAAGAAGAAUCUAGCAAACUACCCAGUGAAAGUGAAUGUCAGUGUUCGGGUGAAAAGUUAUUUUGCCAUAAUCUCCACCACCUCAAUCUCUCCCUGAUUCCGGACGGAGUCAUAUUUCUCGACUUGAGUGGAAGUGGAGUCGACAGUGUCGAUUUCACGGGCGAGGGGACACGCUUUCACCAGCUCAACACUCUAAUCCUGUCGAGCACAAAUCUUCAAGAAAUACGACCCAACGACUUCACCAGUUUGAUCCUCCUACAAAUCCUCCACUUGACCGGAAAUAAUUUAAAAACCAUUCCACCAGGAGCAUUUUCCACCACCAAGAAAUUAAAAAAGUUGUAUUUGGGCUACAACCAGAUCGCAACCCUUGAUCCUGGAUCGUUUCACGGUUUAACAGAACUGGAAGAAUUAGAUUUACGCCACAACAAACUCAAAUUCGUCACGACGGAUCAAAAAUCUCCAACUUAUUUCUUGGGACUGUCAAGUCUGCGAAUUUUACAUUUGAGUAACAACGAGCUGGAAUUCUUAGGACCGGAUUAUUUUCUCGGGUUGGAAAAUUUAGAACUGCUUUCACUCACGAGGAAUAAAAUAUCUUCAAUUUCACGAAACGCGUUUGCCAAUUUGUCCUCGUUAAUUCAUCUAUAUUUAGCCUACAAUAGAUUAGAAUCCUUGGAAGAUGAGCGAUUCUGUAGUUUGAGAUCCUUGCUGAACUUAAAUUUAAACAACAACGGGAUUAAACAUAUUUCUCCUGACUCGUUCGUCUGCCUGGAUUCACUUCAAUCCUUAGUCCUUGAACAAAACAGAUUUGGUGAGCUGGAAAAUCCAUCCCGGAUAUUUGCUAAUCUCACCGAACUCCAGUACAUCUACUUUGACCAAUUUUGGAUGUGCGCCUGGGCUCCGCAUGUCCGUUCAUGCACGCCAAAAGGGGACGGGAUAUCCUCCGUGGAAAAUCUCCUCGAUAACGUCAUCCUCCGAGUCUGCGUAUGGAUCAUGGGCAUCGUUGGCGUGGUUGGGAACGGUUUCGUAAUCCUGAGCCGUCUCCUCGUCCGAGAGAAGAAUCGGGUGCACUCUUUCUACAUAAAAAACCUCGCUUUUGCCGACCUUAUCAUGGGCUUAUUCCUGUUAAGCAUUGCUUAUCAUGAUGUCCUAUUUCGGGGCAAUUUCCUUUCUCAGCAGCAUACGUGGCGACACUCGUUGACGUGUCAGUGGUCAGGCCUACUGUCCACCUUAUCGUCCGAAUCGUCCGUCCUGAUUCUCACCUUGAUCACGUUGGAUCGUUACCUGUCCAUCAUCAAGCCGUUCUCGGAGCGGAGAAAUGCCAUGCUGCCAGCAAUCAGUGUCAUCUCGGUGUUAUGGACGGUCUCAUUUUUGCUUAGUUUUGUCCCACUUUAUUCACUUUUUGAGGGUUAUUUUGGCCCUUAUUUUUACACCUCGAACGGACUCUGUCUUCCGCUUAAUAUUCAUAAUCCGUUCGAUUCAGGUUGGGAAUAUUCCUUUUUUCUCUUUGUGGUCAUAAAUUCCUUCGCGUUUGCCUUCAUUUGCUACGCGUAUUAUAAAAUGUUGAGGAUUAUUCAGACUUCGACGACCUCGAUACGAAGCACGCAACAAAAGCAGGAUGGCAUGUUAGCCAUGAGAUUUGGGAUCGUCGUGUUGACAGACUUUUUAUGCUGGGCACCUGUCAUCGUGUCGAAAACGUUGGCAAUGUUGGGUGUUCCAAUUCAGUCGGAUUUUUACGCGUGGCUCGCCGUCUUCGUCCUUCCUGUAAACUCGGCCAUAAAUCCGAUAAUUUACACGUUAACCACCAAACUUUUUAAGCAACAGGUGUCCCAUCUCACCUUGGGCGUUCGAAAACGCUUGGGCAUGGCCACCGAUGACUCUACAACUUCAUCGCUCUACUAUCGCAACCGGAUUUCUCGGACCCUCAACACUUCUCUGUCUGGAUCCAUAAUGCAUUCGACGAAGGGUCCUCCAAACGGCUCUGUGACGACACGACAUCAAGCCAGAAAUAGGAACAGAUACACCGUCAGCGCCAUAAAUUCCGUGAUUGCUUCAUCUACCGGGAUCCAACUUCCGGCCGGUGGCGGCGGAGGUGGAGGUGCUGGUGAUUCCAGCAUUUCUGAGGACGAUGGUGGUUAUCUGAACGGUGCUGGUGGUGGUCCUGCUGUUGGUCAACAUUUUUCCCUGCAAACGUUACGAGAGGAUGAUGAUGUCGACAACGUGGAAAUGUGUGACCCAAGCGGGCUGCCCCCAUACUUUACAGAUAUUGAUUUGACCUCGCACACGAACCAGGAAGAGGAGACUGUGACGUGAAGAAUGAAAUACACCUUAUCGGAUCAUGACACUACAUAAAUAUGGAUAAGUUGGUUAUCCUCCAGAGGGUAAUUUAAUAUUGGAGGAAGAAAUGUUUAUUGUUGUGUAAUCUUGGACUUUCUCCCAAUCGAGGGAAGGAGAGAAACUAAUCGAGUGCAAAGUAGAAGAGAGGCCAGGACAAGUUUUUAUCAAAUCGGAUUAAAAGUUGGGUUGCUUUCAGUCAAUGAGGGCUAAUUUAUAGGGGAGGGAAGUAAAGCUGGCUUGAUUUAGGAAAUAAUAAGUGUUGAUUUCUAGAAAGGUAGUGAUUCAAGUUAUCAAUAAUCGAUAAGCCAGGAUAAAUUGUUAGCGCUACUGAAUUUAAUUGGUGGAAAUUUUAGCAAUUCGUAUUAGUGAUUGGCGACAUGUUUCGAAAAACUUUUCGAAAUUAUUAACAGACUUUUUUAAUUUUUGAGAAAGCUGUGCAUAACCAUUUAUUAUGAUGUUAUUGCGAAAAUUAGUUCGUAUCAUAAUUGCCCUCAAACCUCGCAAAAAAUAGAAAAUUUGGUUUUUGCAAUAAUAAAACUUGAAAAAUGUGUGAUAUAAAACCUUGCGAUAAAUCUUUAAAAUUUCCGAAAUAAAAUAAA